AUGGGCGCACCACUGCAGAACCCUAUGGAGGCGCCAUUUCGGUGGUGGGUGCGCAGUAAGCUGCUCGUUGUAGACAGGUUACCAGUCACGCCGUCUCCAGGGCUUCCAACAGCUGACGGAAAGGCUGAGUAUCAUAACCCGUUACGGUUCCCCAAAACAAAAUCUGUUCGUCCUGGUCCAGCAGAGCAACGAACAUUGCCUGGCGAAUUUCAUCAUAGUAUCUCAGAAAAUUACUAUUACAAUAGGGACAAUGGUUGUAAGACAACACGAUGCAGUUCAAGUGAACAAAGGACCAUCUUGCGAAUUUUGGUUCACCAGCGCCUACACCGGGUUUUGGAUAUGAGUGGAAGCGAACACGUGAUGAAGAGCUUCAGACACAAAGAGAAGACCCAGAUCUGUCUCGCCUGGAACGUUUCGAUAGAUUCGCAGCCAGCAAAUAAAUCGAUUCAAAUGUAG